AGUGCGUUUACCUCUUGUCCUACGAAACAUCAUAAGCCUUUUUACUUUUUUUUCUUCUCUUCCUGCUUUUCUUUCUUACCAAACACCUACCUCAAAUCUCACUGAUCAAUACUCAAAGCCCUCUCAAGUUUCCAACUUUACCAUAAUCAAAACAAUUCUCCGAUCCAAAUCCAAAAUGCCGACCGGCACCAGCGUUCACGUCACCACCUUAGACGGCAUAGUAAACGUGAACUCCCUCUUCACCUUAGCCGUAUUCGUAGGCCUAACCUGGAACCCAGACGACCCGAGCAACACCCUCAUCAACGACCAAGAUUGCGCCGCGGGUCCCUCCAAAGCCAAAGACCUCGUUUCCUUCCAUGUCUACUCCUUCAGCUCCUUCCUCUUCUCCAGCCUCAUCGCUUUGGCACUCAAACAGGCCAUCCGGAUCUCCAAAAGCCCAACUUACCACCCGUACGAGUUCAUUGCCCGCACCCACAAGCCCUUCCUCCGGGUCGGGAUGUUGGUCUCGGGUGUCGGUUCGUUUUGCGGGUGCGGGUUCCUGAUGAUGGCUCUGGUUAACGUGGUCCAGAUCAAGCUUGGGACUUUGACUUGUGGAAACUCAUCAGAUAGCUUUGCAGCCGUGAUUCCUCUUGUCAUUUUGGUCCCCAUUGCACUUCUCAUUUAUGCUUCUUUCAUUUUGUACGCUUUUAGUCGCUAGCUUCCGGUUUUUUUUUUUUUUUAGUUGUAUUAUUAUUAUUAUAUAAACAAAUUCACUGCGUAACUUUUAACUGCGGUGUCCCACGUCUUUAGAGAAGCCAACAAGUGUGCGGAUUGGUUGGCAAAAUGGGACAGUGUUAUGAAGGAAGAUUUUGUUGUUUUUGAGUUUCCUUUACCUGCUGAACUAGAAACUUUAGUUGCUAAGGACAAUAAUGGUCUGUAUUAUGCUAGACUAGUUGCUGCUAGUAUGGCAGCUGUCUCUGUGUAGUCUUCUUUUGUUGGUUUUAUAUGA